AUGGCGGACAUGACCCCCGAGAUGGCCUUUCUGCAGUCGCUGCAGUCCGAUGCAGCCGCCGCCUUUGGCAAUGGCAGCGAGCCGCAGCAGGGCGACGAGCCCCCACCCGACGACCCGCCCCAGGCUGCGCCCGCCGAAGAUGAUGACGAGGACGAGGAUUACGAUCCGUCCGCUCUGAUGCCCGACACAUCCGCAUACGACCCGAGCGCCGCUCCCGCUCCGGCUGAGGCCGCUCAGCCCACGUCCACGCCGACGCCGUCGCAGCCCGCCUCGCAGGCCCCGUCACGCACCGCGUCGGCCGUGCCCGACCAGAAGACCCAGGCCAAGCCGCCGCGUACGAUGGGUGGGUUUGUCGUAGAUGACGAGGACGACGAGGACGAGUCCCCCGUCGCAAAAGCAGCUGGUGCUCAGGGAGUGAAGGUUUCUGCGCCGGGUUCUACGCAUACGCCAGAGCGUUCUGUUUCUCAGACUCCAGUCAAUGCACUUCCUUCAUCAUCAUCAAAUGUACCAAUACAUAAAGCUGCACAAGAUCAGGGUGUUUCAGGUGUUUCCAAUGGCGCUCAAAGCGCACUUCCUCCUGCUGAUUCCGCUGCGUCUGUCAAUCCCCAGUCCCAGACCCACGCGGCUGUGCAGCCGACCUCCAAGGCGCGUCUGCCGCAGGACCGCAUUGGCAUUCUUGAAGACAGGAUUCAGGAGGAUCCGCGCGGCGAUCUGGACGCUUGGCUGAGCUUGAUCAACGAAUACAGGCGGCGUGACAAGCUCGAGGAGGCUCGUGCCGUCUAUGGCCGCUUCUUCAAGGUCUUCCCGCACGCGGCGGAGCAAUGGGUGGCGUUCGCGAACAUGGAGUUGCAGGCUAACAACUUCUAUGGCGUCGAGCGCAUAUUCGAGCAAUCCCUUCUCACAGUGCCCCAUGUUGAGCUGUGGUCUACUUAUCUUACUUACAUCCGGAGACGCAACAACCUCACAGCAGAUGCAACCGGCGCCGCUCGCCAAACCGUCUCCCUGGCCUAUGACUUCGUCCUUCAGAACGUGGGCAUGGACAAGGACGCCGGCCAGCUCUGGCAGGAUUACGUCGAGUUCAUCGAAUCCGGUCCGGGCAAUGUGGGUGGAAGCACGUGGCAGGACCAGCAGAAGAUGGAUCUGUUGCGCAAGGCCUACCAGAAGGCUAUUUGCGUCCCAACCGAUGCAGUCACGGCACUCUGGAAGCAGUAUGAUCGCUUUGAAAUGGGGCUGAACAAGGUCACCGGCCGCAAGUUCCUUCAGGAAAAGUCCCCCGCCUACAUGACUGCUCGUAGCUCGAUCGUUGCAUUGGAGAACAUUACCAGGGAUUUGAACAGGACGACCCUUGCGAAGCUGCCGCCUGCUCUUGGCUUUGAUGGUGAUCUCGAGUUCGUGAAGCAAGUCGACAUCUGGAAGAAGUGGAUUGCUUGGGAGAAGGAAGACCCAUUGGUGCUGAAAGAGGAAGACGUCUCUGCAUUCAAGUCCCGUGUAAUCUUCGUUUACAAGCAGGCACUGAUGGCUCUCCGCUUCUGGCCUGAAAUGUGGUACGAUGCAGCUGAGUUUGCUUUUCAGAACGAUCUGGAAUCAGAAGGCAAUGAUUUCCUCGCCAAGGGCUGUGAGGCCAACCCGGAGAGCUGCCUGCUUGCUUUCAGACGCGCUGACCGGAUUGAAAUAACGUCCGCAACCGAAGAGGGUGAAGACAGCCUCGUCCGCCGCGGCGAGCUCGUUCGCGAACCGUACCAGAAAACGUUGGAUGCUCUGUACGCUUUGAUCAACAAGACGAAGGCUCGCGAAACCGACAUGGUCAGCCGCAUCAAGGACAUGUUUGCGCAGCAAUCUGAAAACAACGAGGAAGAACAAGUCGAUGACGAUGACGAUGACCAGGAGGGCAACAGCGCUUUCAAGGCCAAGGAAGCUGCUCUCCAAGCUCAGAUUGAGGCGAUACAGAAGGGCAAUGCUGCACAGAUCAAACUUCUCUCCAGGACAGUCUCGUUUGCAUGGAUCGCGCUGAUCAGAGCUAUGCGCCGCAUUCAGGGCAAGGGUAAGCCUGGCGAGAGGAUUGGCGGCUUCCGUCAGGUGUUCGCGGAUGCUCGUAAGGCUGGUCGCAUCACAAGCGAUGUGUACGUUGCCAGCGCUCUGAUCGAGCAUCACUGCUACAACGAUCCCGCUGCGACGAAGAUCUUAGAGCGCGGCAUGAAGUUGUUUCCUGAAGACGAGGAGUUCGCGUUGGAGUACCUCAAGCACCUCAUUGCAAAGAACGACAUCACCAACGCGAGAGCAGUCUUCAAGACGACGGUCAGCAGGCUCGCGCAAAAACCCGAGACACUCUCAAAGGCUAAACCUAUAUAUGCCUUUUUCCAUGAAUACGAGUCGCACUACGGCGAGCUCAGUCAGAUUCAAGAACUCGAGAGGCGCAUGUCAGAGCUUUUCCCGGAGGAUGCUCAACUUUUCCACUUCUCUCGCCGCUACUCCAAGCCCUCCUUCGACCCGACCGCCAUGCGUCCUAUCAUCUCGCCUCUCACGCAAGCCAGACCGAAGCCUCCGCCGGGCAUGGAGCAGCCAGCACAAGUCGCGCAGCCGGCGGCGCCUGUUCCACAGCAACAACCUCCCGCUCCUUCGGUACCUCCGUCGGUGAUCGACUCUCCCCGUCCUCCUCCUGUCCAAGCGCGUGACUCACCCAAGCGUCCUUACGUUCCUGACGAUUCAGACAACGACUCGGCAGUGCAGCCACGCAAGAUUGCCCGCGGAGAGUCGCCACUCAAGGGAGCUGCCGGCCGGCGCCUUGCUGCACAACAGGGCCGCAAUCUUGGCCGCGACGGUGCCAACAGCACACAAGCUGGAGGCGCCGGAGGUCAGCCUACGCCUCUACCCCGCGACCUUACGUUCAUCCUCAGCAUCAUUCCGUCCGCCCACACGUACAACUCUGUGCGGUUCAUUCCUGAGAGGGUCGUCGAUGUGCUGCGCAACGUGCAGCUACCGCAGACGUGGCCGCCGCAACAUAGGAUCGAGCCUCUCCGUCAGAUUCCUGGCGCCGGACACCCGAUGGGCCAGAUGCCGAUGAACGGCCCCAACCCUUACUAUCGCUAA